UUAUGGAAUGGGCUGGGCUGGUUUACUAACUUUUAUGUUUGUUUAUGUACAAAACCAGUGGUCCAAUUAUAAAUAUAUACAACCAAAGCCUCUCUUCGUUAUCUUCCUCUUCCAUGUAGAGUAGGUUUCAGUCGGUUCAGUCUCCUCUGAGAAAUCAAAGUGACCCUUUCGGUUUCCAUGGAGCAGUGAAUCUUCUUCUACCUCUACAUCUCCCCUUCUUAACUCUUUGGAUCAUUAAUGCUUCAGAAUCCUAACAAUUCAGUUAUUCCUUCUUAUAUAACCUCAUCGUAAAAACUGAAACUUUACAUCUCAAAUCCAGUAAUCACCAUUACAGAUUUAGAGAAAUCUUCCAACCCUUUCUGUCAAGUGACAAUCUCACCAGAAGACGCCAAUUAAUUAAUUAAUCUGUUUGGUCUUCUUCAACCUAGAAAGACAAAGUCCUUCGUGGAUUAGAUCGGGACGGCUAUUGCAGCUUCGAUUGGCGGAAGAGCUAUCUGACUCUGAUCCAAAAAAUUCCGGAGGCGGAUCAUCAGAAUCAUCACUGCCUGUUACCCUUCCUCUUGAUUCAUACGCAAGCGCACAUGAAAACCCUAGGCAAACCCAUUAUCCAGAGAACUUGGGAGAGGAUGGUGUCAACUUUUACGCUUUGGGCUGUGAGUCACAGACUGUAACGUUGUGAAGCGACCAGGAACCGCUGAUAACGACCAUAUCGCAUCAAUUAUAUACGUAUAUUGGAUGUAUGAGUUUCAACGUCAGGACCAACAGAUUUUUAUUCAGAACAGCUAGAGGAAACUUGCAACCGUUCUUCAAUAAUUCGAUUUAUGAUGCUGUUUAAAAAAACUUAAUUCUGGUAGUUAUUUGUUAAUUAACAGUUUUCUGGUGGCCUGGAGUUAGUUUUGUCCAUGCAUUAACACUUGUUAAUAACAGUUCUAUUUUUAGUAAGACGUGGUUCUCCUCCUAAGGCAGAAGGGUUUUAAGUUUUUCUCUUAAUAUUUGUUUCUCUACAAAUCUUUUGUCUUUGCAAUUCCUCCACUCAGAUUCUUCUGGAUUAUUGUGAAAAGUCUGAACUAACCUCUCCUUUUAAGUUUCUCAAUACAUUCUUUGCCGAUAUAACAUUUCGAGAGACAAUAUGGAGAGAAAUGAAGUAAGGGAAGGGCCUAUAGCUAUUGCAGUGGACAGAGAUAAAACAAGCAUCCAAGCUCUUAAAUGGGCUAUAGAGAAUCAUAUACCCCAAGGAGAAACAUUAAAACUUGUUCAUGUCAUCCAAAGGUCUGCAAAUGGACCUAAUACAGAUGAUGAAUUGUCUGAAAGAGAGCACAAAAAUAGACAAAUCACUCGGUUUCUUCCAUUGCGUUGUCUUUGUAUGCGACGAAAUAUACAAACCGAAGUAGUUUUGCUUGAUGAUCAAGAUGUGGCGAAAGCAUUGAUAGAAUAUAUUAGCCAUAACUUUAUUUCUACAUUCUUCAUAGGUGCCUCUUUGAAGAAGAGCAUUACAAGGCUGUUCAAGGUUGAUGACAUUCCAAGUAAUGUGAUGAGAUGGGCUCCAGAUUUCUGCACUGUUUUAGUAGUAUCAAAGGGAAGACUAUCAAGUGUACGUUCAGCCACUAGGCCUUUACCUCUAGCAUUGCCAUCUCCUUCUUCAGGGACUGCACCACUGUCACCCCUCAGCAACACCGACGAGCUUCCCUCUGAGAUGUCAUUGUCAAGAGAAGACGACGUUUUCUUUGAGGAGUUCUCAUCACUUGAGACAGAUUCUAGUGUGAACAUUAGUGAGAGGAUCAGUACAGAUAGUUCUGUUCUAUCCUUCUAUAAGAAACUUGGAGCUCCACACAUGCUGGAGAUUCCAGGUCUGGAUGAUGAGAAAUCGAUGUUUUCGAUGUAUCUUAAUAGUCCUUCUGAUGAAAAGAAGUGUACGUUACCACCAAGGGAUGACGCCGAGGAUGAGAAGAGAAGGUUGAAGAAAGAGCUGAAGGAGACGAUGAACAUGUACCAUGCGGCUUGCAAAGAAGCCCUUAUGGCAAACGAGAGAGUAGCUGAGCUGGAGAUGUGGAAAAAUAAAGCAGAGAAAAUGCUUCUUCAAAUGGCUGAAGAUAGAGCAACAAUGGCCAUCAGAGAGCAGAGAGCAAAGGCAGAGAUGGAGGCGGUGAGAAGGAGAGGGAGUGAUGACAGAAAGGUUGUUUCGGAUGAUCUUGGAGAGUCUCAUGUAGUGGCUAAAUAUGAGAGUUUGCUCCAUAUUGUAGUUGUUCUUUUACUCUUAUGUUUUUGUUUCAUAUUCAGAUAGUUCUCUUUCUUCUUUGUGAUCAGAGUUUGGU